AUGUCUGUGGCGCAGGACUAUUCCCAGUACGGUGGAUACCAGCCAGCAGCGCCAGCGCCAGCCUAUGGUCAGGCCCCAGCGCCGGCAUACGGGGCCCCAGCCUACGGCCAACAGGCUCCAGCUGCCUUACCCUUAAACCAGUUGUAUUCCACUGACUUGUUGAGUGAAUUGCCAGCGCCAAUCGGUGACCUCCAGUUCGCGCCACCGCCGUUGGUACUUCCAGCUGGCGCCAGCGUCACCGGUGGUGACACGUCCAACGCGCCGUGCGAGUACCUCAGAUCGACGUUAAACGUGAUUCCUAAAAACAACUCGACCUUGAAGAAGACCAAGCUUCCAUUAGCGUUGAUCGUGCGUCCGUACGUGUCGCUCCGCGAUGACGAUAGACCUGUCGCCGUCGUCUCUGAUACCAUUAUCUCCAGAUGUCGCCGCUGCCGCUCGUACAUCAACCCGUUUGUGGCGUUUGUCGAGCAGGGCAAGAGGUGGAGGUGUGCGUUGUGUAACCUCCAAAACGAUGUGCCUUCGGGCUUCGACUACAACUCGCACAUGAGCCAGUCCGUCAACAGAUACGAUCGUAACGAGUUGAACCACUCGGUUGUCGAGUUCAUCGCUCCACCAGAGUACAUGGUGCGUGCGCCGCAGCCACUUGUGUACGUGUUCGUCAUUGACGUUUCUAUCAGCGCCGUUGCAUCCGGAUUGACUGCGACCGUCGCGCGGACCAUUUUGGAGAGCUUGGACCGCAUUCCAAAUAAAGACGGCAGAACGCGCGUCGCGUUCAUUGGGGUCGAUUCGUCCUUGCACUUCUUCCACAUCCCGGCCGAAGCCGAUGGCGAGCCUUCCUUGAUGGUCGUGCCGGACCUCGACGAGCCGUUCCUCCCGGCGCCGGACAACCUCCUCGUUACUCUCCAGGACAACCGUCUCCAGGUCGAGAAGUUGUUGGAGAAGCUCCCAGGAAUCUUCGCGGAUACGCAGAACGCGAACUUUGCGCUUGGACCGGCGUUGAGAACUGCCCAUAAGAUGAUCGCGUCCAUCGGGGGUAAGGUACAGGUGUUUGCUGCCACCUUGCCAAACAUGGGUGUCGGGAAGCUAACCCUCCGUGACGAAGAAUCCGUGUCGCAGAAGCCAAAGGAAGCUAGCACCUUGUUAAGCAGCAACUCGCCGUUCUAUAAGACGUUUGCCAUCGAGUGCAACAAGUCGCAGAUCACGGUCGACAUGUUCUUGAGUUCCAGCAAGUACCAGGAUGUGGCAUCGUUGGCCAACCUUCCACGCUUCACCUCCGGGCAGACGCACUUUUACCCGGCGUGGACCGCUGCGCGCGUUGAGGACGUAACCAAGUUCUCGCGCGAGCUUUCCAACCACUUGUCCAUGGACAUCACGUUGGAGGCGGUCUUGAGGGUCAGAGGCUCCGGCGGUAUCCGCAUGUCGGCAUUCUACGGCAACUUCUUCAACCGGUCUUCCGACUUGUGCUCGUUCCCAACCUUCCCGCGGGACCAGUCGUACGUGAUCGAGAUGAGCCUUGAGGAAAACUUGGUCAAGCCGUUUGUGGUUGUCCAAGCUGCGGUCUUGCACACCACCGCGUUCGGCGAGAGACGUAUUCGUGUCGUCACGUUGGCGAUUCCAACCUCCGACGAUCUCCGCUCCAUUUACGCGUCGGCGGACCAAUUGGCCAUCGCCAACUACUACACGCAGAAGGCCGUCGAAAAGGUAUACAGUUCGUCUUUGAAUGAUGCCCGAGAGCUCUUGAGCAACAAGGUGUCCGAUAUCUUGUCCGUGUACAAGAAGGAGGUUGCUCCGGCGAACAUGGGCGGUUCAUCGCCGUUGCAGAUAUCCACCAACAUGCGCAUGUUGCCGUUGAUCCUCCACUCGUUGACCAAACACAUUGGGUUGAGAAACGGCAAGGUGCCGUCAGACCACCGUGCGUCCGCGUUGAACAAAUUGGCGUCCUUGCCGUUGCCACAGUUGAUCCAGUACAUCUACCCGACCGUCUACUCUUUGCACGACAUGCCGGACGAGUGUGGGCUCGCGGGCGAAGACGGGCAGAUGAUCUUGCCAGCCGCCUCCAACGCCUCCAGCGAAGUCUUGGAGAAGUACGGUUUGUACUUGAUCAGCAAUGGUCAGGAGAUGUUCUUGUUCGUCGGUGGCGAUGCUGUGGAUGGCCUCGUCGCAGACGUGUUUGGCGUAGCCACUAUCCACGAGGUUACUGUGGGCAAAACUGAGUUGCCGGUGCUCGACAACGAUUUCAACAUCCGUGUCAGGGCCAUUAUCGAUACCAUCAGAGACAGCAACUCCACGAUCGUGUACCAGAACUUGUACAUCGUCAGAGGGCCGUCACCAAACGAACCGCUCAACAACUCCAACCGCGAUUUAAUGGCCUUGAGAAUGUGGUGCUUUAGUGAGUUGGUUGAGGAUAAGAACAACGGCGGUCUGUCCUAUAGAGAGUUUUUGGGCGCCUUGAAGCAGAAGCUUGCCAGUUAG